AUGAAAAUCAUUUCUUUUAUUCUUCUCUUCUUCUUUUUGUGUUUUGCUAAAACAUUAGAACAAAAAAAGAAAUUACAAAUUACAAAACCUGAAUUAGAACGAUUUAAAAAAUUAAUUUCAAAACGAAUAGAUAAACAACUCUCAAAAAAUCCUAUUGAAGUAAUUCAUACACAUCAUUUAGAACAUCUUAAACUUCAUUUAACAUUUUACAAAAAAGAAUUAGAGAAAUUAGUACAUUCAAAAGACCAAAUUGAUAAGAAAAGAAUUCCAAAACUAGCAGGAAAAAUUAGAAAGAUUACAAUUGAAUUAGCUAAUGAACAAAAACGAAUUAAUUUAAAUGCAAAGAAAAUGGCAAAAGAAAUGAGCAAAAGUAUUAGUAAAUAUAGAAAAAUGUAUAUUGAUGAAGCCCUUCAAAGAGCACAAGGAAAUAAAGCAGCAACAAACAUUAGAAAAACAAAAGAAACUUUUCGUGAAGAAAUUGAUAAAAUUAAUCUUGAUCUUAUCAAACAAAAAGCAUCACACCAUCCUCCAAUCAAUCAACAUGUCACUAAGAAAAAAUUAGAACAACUAAAGUUAAAAACAAAAAUCUUAAUGAAUCGAACUAUUCAAAAGAUUGCUGAACAAAAUGGAUUAAAACAAGAAGUUAAAAAAGCAAAUAUCAAAAAAACAUUAUUAAAGAAAGAAUUAUUUGAAGUAGAAAAUGAACAAAGAAAGAAAUUAAUAGAUUUAGUUGGAAAUUGGAGAGAAAAACUAUUAGAUGUUAAACUUCAAAUAAGAAAAAAUCAAGAAAGAUUAAAAUCUACUGGAAUUCCUGAAAUAGAACAAAAACACAUUCAAUUACAUUUAAAAGAAUUAGAAGAAAGAAAAAGAAUUAUUAAAAAACAUGUAAAAGAGACAGAAAAUAAUAUUAUUAUUGAGUUAAGAAAAUUAAUCAGAAAAUCUAUUGAAAGAAUCACUGUUAUUGGUGAAACAAUGGUUAUUCUUUCAGAAAGAAGUGCAAUACAAAGAAAUAAUGGUAUGAUGAAUGGUGUUCGAAUUCAAGCAAAGAGUAUAACUGGUAAUGAUAAUAUGUGGAAAAAAGUUAAUGGAAAAGAAAUUAUUGGACCAAUGAAUACAAGUCAAGAACAAGAAAGUCAAUUUGAAGAAAAGAAAUUUAGAAGAGUUGUUAUUGAAGAAAGUAAAGCCAUUGAAGAAGAAUUAAAAAGACAUAUUCAAAGAAGAGAAUGGUUAAAAAUGGCAGUUCAAAAAGGAAGAAAUGUUAUUGGUGAAUUAGAUAUUGCUAACAAUGAUGUUAGAAUGUUAGAAAUGGGAAUAGAAGAAAUUCGUAGAUAUGUUCAAGAAACAUUAGUUAGAGCACAUAGUGGUUGGGCAAUUAAGAUUGCAGAAGGAAUUUUAAAACGAAAGAAUGCAUUUGAACGACUAAGAAAAUAUUGUGAAAGAAUGGGUAAGAAAGGAGAAGAAUGGGAAGCUGAAUUCCAUUGGAAAGCUCAGGCAGAAAUAGGUAAAGGUAUUAAUGGAAUUAAACAAUUAAAUCUUGAAUUAUUAAAAUAUGCACUAAAAGAAUUAGAUAUUGCAGCAAAACAACUUGGAGAAGGUAUUCAAAUAAAUGAUCCAUUAAUUGAAGAUUUAAGAAUUAAUUAUGAUGAAUGGAGAAGAGUUGUUAAAAGAAGUAUAGAUAGAUUAUAUCAAAUAGAAAGAAUUAAUACCCAUUUUGAAAAGAAUAAAACAAAAGGAAAAUUAUGUGAGAGAUGUUUUGUUUUAGCUAAAACAAUAAGAAGUGCUAUAUUUGAAAGAAAAAAACAAAAUAUUAUUUUUAAUUUACUCAAAAAGAAAUGUGAUAAAUUUGAAACAAUUGGAGCAACUGGUCGUUGUAAUGAAAUUGCAAUGAAGUUAAUGACAUUGUAUGACACUCAUUCACUUGACUUUAUCUCAUCAACAAGUCAUGAAAUGUGUCAAAAAGUCAAUAUGUGUUAA